AUGCUCGACAAGGAUGUUGCCUUCAAAUUGUCGGACAAUCAGAUAACCGAAAGCUCCAUCAAACACGCUUUUCUUCUUCCGCCAGAUGCGAUUGUGAAGUUGUCGUAUCAAGAAAAUGGUCAACAGAUUGAUUGCCGGAUGAACGAGACAGGCACAACUUUUUUGCUUCCCGAUGGCUGGUCUUCUAUGCAGUUUCAUGUCGAAUCGGAUCAAGCACCUUCAAGACCGUCUACUCCUGCUGAUCAAGUAAAGAACAACGCCCCAGUUUAUGUUCCAAUAGAUACUGGUGAUUUGAUUCUUCAACUCGAGAAGUAUUUCUUCUAUGAAGAAAUUGGCGACAACAAAGCUUGUUUCACUGUGCUCUCGUCUCAUUAUGCAAUUAGUUUCAACCAUGGGCCUCAUCAGACCUGGCGUUCAAGUCCAGAUGAAAAACAAACAUCAGUGACCAUCUGCAAUCAAGAAGGGCAAAAGUUUGAGACGAAAGUUGUCGAAUGCGACGCCGAGAUUGACUUUAUCGUUGUGCAUUCCGACGUUCCACUUGUUUCUAAGCCGCCAAUCAUUGAAUUCCCGAAAAAAUUGGAACGAUAUAUCCUUUUGGGAUAUCCGGAGAUCAAUCUCAAAUGUGCUGCCAAACCUCGAGCACCAGAGGCGAUGCGUUCCCAGUCAGAGCGCAAGGUACACGAUAAAUCUGAAGAAUCGCUCCGUUGCUUCAAGUCACUCAAA